AUGGUGUGUGGAGAGGUACAAAACUCAUGAACCUGAAAAAGAUUGUAGAUGAUGCCUUAGUCAUCUGUGAGAAAUCGAACCACCAUGUGAAGAAUUGUCUCGUUGUUAAGCAUUUGACGACAACAGAGGAAAUAGACGACCAUGGGGAUACAGAGGACGAGACUCCAGCAAAACGACCUUCACGUAAACUGAAGAUCCACUGGAACAAGGAAAGAGACGUGUGGUGGCAUAAUGAAAUGGCAGAAGCAUCCACAGAGUGUGAGCCAGAAUGGAUGGAUGCUGAGGAUCAUCUCUUCAUGCUUUACACCAGUGGCUCUACAGGAAAGCCCAAGGGAGUUCUCCACACAGUCGGUGGAUACAUGAUGUAUGCAGCUACAACUUUCAAGUAUGACUUUGACUACCAGGAAAAUGACAUCUACUGGUGCACAGCUGACGUGGGUUGGAUUACUGGCCACACAUACGUCUGUUAUGGUCCAUUGGCUAAUGGGGCCACAAGUGUCAUAUUUGAGGGCACACCUUUCUACCCAGACCCAGGCAGGUUCUGGGCAAUCGUAGAGAAGUAUGAAAUUACAAAGUUCUACACAGCCCCGACAGCCAUUAGAGCUCUCAUGAAGUUUGGGGAUGAAUUUGUCACAAGAUAUAACCGGUCAUCGCUGAAGGUACUGGCCACAGUGGGAGAACCAAUCAACCCCGAGGCCUGGCUCUGGUACUACAAUGUGGUAGGGGAGAAAAGGUGUGCCAUUGUGGACACCUUCUGGCAGACUGAGACAGGUGGACACACUCUAACACCGCUUCCUGGAGCCACUCCUCUCAAACCAGGCUCAGCAACUUUCCCAUUCUUUGGCAUAGUACCAACCAUAUUGGAUGAAAAUGGCCAGGAAAUCACAGAGGCUGGUAAAGAAGGAUACUUGGUGUUCAAGCAGCCAUGGCCUGGUAUAAUGAGGACAGUUUAUGGAAACCAUGAGAGAUUUGAGACUGUGUACUUCAAAAAAUUUCCAGGAUAUUACUGUACAGGAGAUGGUGCAAAGUUUGACGAGGAUGGGUAUUUCUGGGUGACAGGACGAAUAGAUGACAUGGUCAAUGUUUCGGGCCACCUACUUAGUACAGCUGAGAUCGAGAGUGCUCUGAUAGAGCAUGCACAAGUAUCCGAAUCUGCAGUGGUGUCCCACCCACACGAAAUCAAGGGGGAGUGUACUUACUGUUUUGUCACUCUCAAGGAGGGCUGCGAGUUCAGUGAAAACUUGGUUGUGGAAUUAAAGAAGAAAGUGAGGGAAAAAAUAGGACCAUUUGCAUCACCAGACUUUGUUCAAAAUGCUCCUGGUCUUCCUAAGACUAGGUCAGGAAAAAUCAUGAGAAGAAUCCUCCGCAAAAUUGCAGUAGGUGACAGAAAUGUUGGUGAUAUUACCACAAUGGCUGAUGAGAGUGUCAUUGAGAAACUGUUCCAACUCCGCCCAGAAACUGCCUGAAAAGUGUCUUCAGAGAGGAAAUAUUGAAUACUUUGACUGUUAUAUCAUAUCAUGACCCAAAGUGAUAUUGUCAAGACUUGAGAUUUGUAGUAUCAUUAUUAUUAUAGAGGCAUCAUUGUUAUAAGAAGAGGGAUUGCAUGUAAUUUUGUUUAGGGACUGCAUUCAAAGGAUGCAUAUGAAAAGAAAUUUUGUUUUUCCAACUUUUUGACAUUUUUGACUUGUGUCAGAAUAAUCUUAACAAAUUUUUAAUUUCUAAAUUAUUAGAACUUCGGUAUGAAAAUUAAUACAAUCAUAGGCUAUUUCUCAGGUGAAUUAUCCAAGAAAGUUAUAAUAACCAAAAUAAAGCAGAGCAAUACCUAUUGUCACGUGUAUUACAUGUUCCUUGAUAUACAUGUAUAUUACUUGUGAAAUUAUGAUGUUAAAAUGUUAAACAAGAUGGAACUUACGCAAUUCACCAAGAAAAAAACCCUAAAGAACCUGAGAAAAGUAUUAUAAUAUUAAAUCAGAUGACAUUUUGUCCAGAACACUUAACCAUGGCACAAUAGCAUAAAUUUUUAGUGCAGGCACUAUGAAGAAGGAUUUCCAAUCUCAACUCUAUACAUCUUGUUAUGGAGACGGACACCUACAUUUAAUGUAUUAAAGCAACACUUUCUCAAAAAAGGGUGAAUCUGAUAUUAGUGGUCAGCAUAAAUUAGCCACACCACUGCGCUCAUUUAAUUACUGUCUCAAGUGCCUGCCUUAUAAUGUAUAUCAGAAUUACCCCGAUAUGAACAAGAUUGUUACUGGAGGUGGAGCAAUAUUUAUCUUACUCUGGACAGGGAUAUCCAAAAUUUUACCGGUUUAAGAUUUUCUUAUCUCGCCCUAGGUUGAGACAAGCACCACAUGCUUUUUGCACGUUCUCAACAAUUGCAUUUCGUCAUGUCAAUAAUACCAUGAUGUCACAGCAACAAUAUAAUGAAUCACGUCAACAAUUCAAUUACAUCAAAGCAACAUUUGCUUGCAAUUGAUGUCGCAUCAAUAUUAGAUACAUAAGAGGGUAAACAGGGUAAGAGAAAAAUAAUCAUUCACUCCCAUGGAAGUGAGACAGGAAUCUCAACAACCUUCAAAGUAAGAUACUUAAGCUGCCUAACACUCGGCAAGUUCUGUGUUUGGAAUUGUAGAAUCUUCUCCCCCCAGUUGAGAUUCCCCUGUCUCAUCUCCAAGGGGGUGAAGGAUUCUAUUAGUUCCUUUCAUGUGGAAUCUAUAUAGGACAAAUUGUCAAAGGUUGUACUUGCAUUCCGUUAUUGAUGAUACAAUGAUAUGUAUCCUGUAGGGCACUGUGUGACCUUCUACAAGUGGAUGUAGGUUAAAUGGCGAGAAGUUACCAGACAAGACCAUGUCAUUCCAUAGACAGGCAUGUCAGUGUAAUCUUGUAGGAAGAACAACCAAGCAGCAUAAUAUAUGUGUAUAUGUAGUACUAAGUACAUUGAUCAGGAGAGCUGUAUCUGUAUACCAGUUACCAUUGUUGUUUACAUUUGAUUUUAAUAGGUGUAAUUCCAUAUACCAUAUAUGUACAUGGUAUGCAUGCAAAAACAGUGUUCACUUGGAAGAUUUGGGUUUUAUUGGAGAAACACAUUUGUUCCAUAUAUUUUGAGAUACAUAUUGUGUUACAUGUUAUGUUUACAUCUAUUUUGUUUUUAUGCUUCAUUUAUGAAAUAUUUAAGCACAGUUAAACAUCAUUAUAGAAGUGGAAAACUAUGUAUAUAUUUCUGUUGGAUAAACUAAAUUUAAAGUAUACUGAUACACAAGCUGUUGACCAUGUCAUAAGUGUGUGUCUCUGUUGUUUGCACUGUUUUCUUUUUAAUUACUGUAAUAAUGCAUUUGUUAUGUUUUAAACAUGAAAACAAAGCAAUAGAAACUGUUUUCCUUUUUUAACAGUAAAUUAACUGUAGCAAAAUUAUGUAUUUGAUAUUCCCUACAUAACACAAGGAUUUAUGUUUGUAUUCAGUUGUACCUGGUACAUACUAAUUGCAAACAAAUGUAUAUAAUACUGAAUAUACAUACAUAAGUUUAAAGUUGCAAAAUGAAAAUGAAUCUUUAUUGUUUUUCAAUUGAUGCCGCAUUUAAUUGUCAAUUCUUAGGUAUAAACUACCUGUGUAAUAUCUUUUUUCUGAAAUGUUUUUUUAUUAUGAAGAUUAAGUUUACUAAACUUUUUGGUUUUAUUUUGUUCAUAACUCUGUUUUCUCAAAACUCUUCUCUAUCAACGGGUAAUAUGUGGAAUGAAAUUUAGGAUAAACUUGCAAUUUUCAAAUGUGUUCGUUCUUGGUAUUUACAAUUCAUAAUAGUUAUUUCCUUUUGGAAGAUACUAUAUUGUAAGUGUAUUAAAAGUGUACAUGAAUAUUCAAUUUUAUAUCAAUAUUUGCAAUAUUAAUUUUCAAUUGAUAAUCUAUUGUGCUUUAUUACAGCCAGUUUGGCUUUAACAUUCAGAACAAUUAAAUCCUUUUCAUUAAAUAUGUUUUAUUUACAGAUUAAAUAAGAUCACCUUUUUGGUAAUAUUUUACAUUUUUAAUAAUCAUUACACGAUACCAUGGUAAUAUUUUACUGUUAAUAGGAUUGGUUGUACACACAGGAUUAAUAAAACAUGGUUUACAGGGUACAUCACACAAUGUAUUGCUCAGGUAGAACUUUGGUGGAAAUCUUAAAAUAAAACAGUGAUUAAGAAGAUUCCAGAUGCUUGUGAUAUCAAAUUUACACGAUCGUAUGUUAAUGGGUGGAAUUUAAUUGUUGGUUGUUAAGAUAUUGAUGCUUUGGAUUGUAUUUAUAACUAUUUAAUAUACAUAUUGACUGCUUUCGUUCUCAUCAACAAUUAACACAAGUUGGAAUUCCUGACCUACUUAUAUUAUGAAAAAGCAUUGUAAGAAUAAAUAUAUUUAUAUUCUGUACCCAGAAAUGACUUAUCUUCAUUUGGAUAUUGAUACAAUUGCAUGGUGAUGAUAUAGAGACUGUUAACACAUAAACAAUAGGCAGGCUUAUUCAGGAAUUAAAAAGAAGGGGAAAACCCCCCAAAAAGCAUUGGUAAUAGAGCAAGAAUGGUUAGUUAAAGUAACAAAGAGUGAAACUUCAUAUUUUCAUUCAUGGAUGAGAAAUCAUUGAAACAUAGAUGUUUUAUUUUGUGAUCUUCUACACUACAAGUUAUUGAUUAUUUUAAGCCAUGUAAAAAAGAGAUCUUAUCAUUUUCGUUUUUGGAACUGGUAUAACCAGUAUAAGGUGAAAGAUUGAGAUCUGGAAGCACUGUUCUUGUCUGUAGAUUACAUGUGGUCUCUUGAUAAAAGAUAUCAGUAAAUGAUUCAGUUUUAGAAUAAUUGCUCCGACAGUGUGUAUGUGAUGAAAGUAAUUAAGAGCUUUGGAAGAGGCUUUGAUUAGUGUGGCCAAAGUAAAAUGAAGUUGGGGAAGCAGUAGUGCUAUCGGUGUGGUUAUAUCAAAGUUAAAUGAGCUGUAGUCGUAAGUGUGGUUAAGUGAUAAAAGGUUAAUGGAUCAGUUUUGGAGAUGUAAUGAAGUGUAUACAGUGUUAUUUUCGUUCAUUACUGUUUGUGUCAUAGUAUAAAGUAUUUGUGAAUGUCUUAUUAACCCCUUAACAUUUGUACAUUAUAGUAUUGUAAACAUCAAGUUAAAUAUUGGUCAAGGUUAAGGGGUCUAAAUGUCACAAUUAAACAUUUUGAUAUAUAUUUUGGUAUUCAUGUGUAGUCCCUGCUCUCUUUAUGAAUUCUUAGUUAUGUAAAUGUCUUAAAAUUUCAAUAUGCAAAAUAACUCAGGGAUUCACAGCAAUGUCAGCAAACAUCUACAUUUUCCAAAAUCCUCAAAAAUUUGGCCUUUCAUUUGUCAAUCAAAGGUACAUGCAGUACUUUGAUACCAGGUAUUGGUUAAUAUGCAAAAUAUUUACAAAAUCAAGUUUAAUUAUCAAAAUGAAUGAGAUACUGUUUAACACAUUUUCUGCAGUAUGAAUUUGUGUGUAUUGUCUUUUACAUGACUGAAAUAACCUAAAUGUCUAAUCUCGUUCAGCAUGUGACCAUAGCCAUUUCUUAAGACAUCCAUAAAAAAAAUAGCAACCUGUUCAUUAUAAUGCAUCAUUGUUCCUGUUUCUGUGAUAUUAGUAUAUAAUGUGGUUUAACAAUGUUUGGUAUGUAUGUCUUGAAUUAAUGUUCACAAAUGUUUUGUAUAUGAAACCAGUUUCAGAAAAAUCUCUGUAACAUAUGUCUAGUAAAUCCCACCAUCAUGUUUUAUGGUGGAAGCAAUCUCUUGAUUGUGCUGUAAAAUUGAGAUUUGUAGGUGAUGUAGAACAUGCUUGAUUUUAGGUAGGUAAAUAGAGCAUGCUUUAUUUUAGGUAGGUAAAUAGAACAUGCUUUAUUUUAGGUAGGUAAAUAGAACAUGCUUUAUUUUAGGUAGGUAAAUAGAACAUGCUUUAUUUUAGGUAGGUAAAUAGAACAUGCUUGAUUUAAUCAGUUGUAUGUAACUUAGAACAUUUAAUUAGCUUUGUACACUUGGAAUAUUUUCCACAGAUCAAAUCCUUCCGUUAAAGGUGCUAUUGACAAUGACAUCUCAGACUGAUGUCGUACUUCAGGAAGUAUUUGGUCAGGAAAAUGAGGAGUGUGGGGAUUUUAGGGUUAGCAUAGAUAGUAUGUAAAUGGCUUCACCAUUAAGUACUAACAUGGCAUUUUGGUGUAUAUGUAUACUUGUAAAAUCAAUAAAUAAUCAAGAAACAAA